AUGACGUCCGCGCUGCUGUGUGUGUGCGGCGUGGUGGUGCUGCUGGCCGCCGGCUGUCCGGCCCUCCGACUGAUGCCCGACCGGUACUGCUUGGCGUGCCUCUGCAACGCGGCGUCCAACUGUUCGCCGCGGAUCGGCUGCCAGCAGCAGCGCGGCCACACCGUCUGCGGACCGUUCCUGCUCACCGCCGACGCGUGGCGGCGCGCGCGCAAAGCCGACCGCCAGUUCGCGCACCGGUUCCGCUACCUCAACUUUCGGAUGUGCGCGUCGGACCCGGAGUGCGCAGCCGAGGCGGUCAGCCAUGCGCUGGCGCACUCGGCCUCCGACUGUGACCGCGACGGCCGCAUCACCUGUAAGGACUUUGGCAUUCUGAGCCGCGGCGGGCCGGCCGCCUGCCGGAACAGUACGCUGGCGCGACGGGCAGCCGACUCCGACUACUUCCGCGUCCUGGAGGGCUGCCUGCUCGACGUGACGGCAAUGCUGGGCGAGCCGUCACCGCCGGCAGGCUGUGGGCUCAGCGCCUGA